UCAUUGUUAUUUUUGGUAGUCGAAAAUAAACUUAAAACUGCAAUGAGUGGACGAGGGAAAACCGGUGGAAAGGCUCGCGCCAAGGCCAAGAGUCGCUCUUCCAGGGCGGGACUGCAGUUCCCCGUCGGCCGUGUUCACAGGCUUCUCCGCAAAGGCAACUAUGCUCAGCGUGUUGGUGCCGGUGCUCCGGUUUAUUUGGCCGCUGUACUCGAGUAUCUCACUGCUGAGAUCCUGGAGUUGGCUGGAAACGCCGCUCGCGACAAUAAGAAGACCCGUAUCAUUCCUCGUCACCUGCAGCUGGCGGUACGCAAUGACGAGGAGUUGAAUAAGCUUCUGGGUGGUGUGACCAUCGCUCAGGGUGGUGUGCUGCCCAACAUUCAGGCCGUGCUGCUGCCCAAGAAGACCGAGAAGCCAGCGAAGACCAAAUAAACUGACUGGAGGUUCUCCUUAAACAAAAGGCUCUUUUAAGAGCCACCCAAUUUCUCCCCGUGAGAGUAAAUUACAUUCAUUGUAUC